AUGCAGCUGAAGAGCAGGUUGUCCGUGUCCAUUGCGAUUGUUAUCUGCUUGCGGAGACUUUUUGGCUUGAGGAGGGCCGCUUCUCAGGUUGCCGCCAUGGCGCGCUCCACGGCGCUGCUGAAGGCGGCAGUGGUGGCCUGCGCGCUGCUGGCCUUGAACCAGGCCUUCGUGGCUCCCGGUUCUAGCCCGAAGCUGCGAGGUCAGGAGGCAGCGGUGGCCGGUGCCGUGCUGGCCGGACUCCCGGCCACGCCUGCCCUGGCAACGGACCAGGCAUCGGAUGCCAUCAGCCAGCAGGAGGCCAUCCUGAUCUUCCUCCCGAUCUUGUUCGUGUGGGUGCUGUUCUUGGACUGGGAGGGCAAGCAGCCAUCGGCCGAUGACGUGACAGGCUAUGGCUACAUGGGCAAGACCAUCGACGGCACGACCCCGGACCAGCCCACGUACUUCCGCCGCAGCCCUGAGAACGGCUAA